GAAACUCCGCCCUUGCUGUCUGAGUUGACCGAGUUGUUGCAGGAUCCCAAAGCGGUGUUUUAGGUCCGGGUGAAGGGGGUCACAACGGGCGCUGCUACACGUGUCAACACUCGGUAAACUCGACCCGAGAGGAUCAUAUUCAUUCAUAACAUUAUCCGUAACCUCAAAUUAUUUCAACUCUACGGGCUUUAGGGCGCAAGUUCUUCUACUAAACUAACUUCAACCCCGGGGGAGGAAAUGAGUUAAUGGAUCCGAGAGUGCCGCACAAACUGCGAGUUGUAGAGCCUUCACUACUUUCUCAUCUACUGUUCAGACCAAUAGAGUGGAGAUUUGAAACUUGAACUUCUCCUUUUAAGUGGCAACAUGAAGUUUUAGGCCUGUCUGUGCUGUAUCGGAGUGUUAACCCAUGAAACAGAGCGAAUUUCAGCCACUUUCAUUUCAGUUUGCAGUGAUUUGACCCGCAGCAUUUUGAUGUAAACUUUAUACUCUGUGAGCAUACAGAAGAACGUAGUUUAAUAUGAGUGAGAAACCAACGUUAGAAGACAGUAAACUUUACGAAGAUCAAACUGAAGCGGACUCGAAGAACCAUGCCAAGCUGGAGGCGGGUGACGCGGCUCGGCGCGCAGACGGUCACGAUCAGCGGGACGGUGUCGAGGCGCAGCGACCGACCCGCCUGUACAAACGGCGCUGGAUGAUCGUCCUCCUGUUCAGCUCGUAUUCGCUGUGCAACUCCUUCCAAUGGAUACAGUACGGGAUCAUCAACAACAUUUUCAUGAAGUUCUACAACGUAGACAGCUUCACCAUAGACUGGAUGUCCAUGAUUUACAUGCUGACGUACAUUCCCUUCAUCUUCCCGGUGACCUGGCUCCUGGACAAGAAGGGGCUCAGGGUCAUCGCGCUGGUGGCCACCGCGCUCAACUGUGCCGGGACGUGGAUCAAAGUGGCCAGCGUCAGACCCAACCUGUUCGCCAUCACCUUCCUGGGCCAGUUCUCCUGCUCGCUGGCGCAGGUGUUCAUCCUCGGGAUGCCGUCGAGAAUCGCGUCGGUGUGGUUCGGUUCGGAUGAAGUGUCCACCGCCUGCUCCAUCGGUGUCUUCGGGAAUCAGCUGGGUAUCGCCAUCGGGUUCCUCGUGCCUCCUAUCCUGGUGCCUAAUGUGGACGACAUGGAUGAGCUGGCUCACCACAUCAGCAUUAUGUUCUACAUCACAGCAGGAGUGGCCACCUUACUCUUUAUCCUCGUUGUCUUUGUCUUCCAGGAGCGUCCUAAACUUCCUCCGACUCAGGCCCAGGCCACAGCUCGUAGCAUCCCAUCAGAGCAGUACUCCUACACUGCCUCAAUCCUCAGGCUGCUGCGCAACAGGCCCUUCAUCCUCCUCAUCAUCACUUACGGUUUGAACGUGGGCUGUUUCUAUGCUGUUGGCACCCUGCUGAACCGCAUGAUCAUUGAUCAUUACCCUGGAGAAGAGGUGAAUGCUGGGAGGAUAGGCCUCACCAUAGUCAUCGCGGGGAUGGUCGGCUCCCUGAUCUGUGGCAUUUGGUUAGACAGAACCAAAACCUACAAGCAGACUACCCUCGCAGUCUACUUCAUGUCUCUGGUGGGGAUGAUCGUCUAUGCUGCUACACUCAGUUUGGGACACCUCUGGGUGGUCUUCAUCACUGCUGGAGCCCUUGGGUUCUUCAUGACGGGCUACCUGCCGCUGGGCUUUGAGUUCGCCGUCGAGCUGACAUACCCAGAAUCAGAGGGAACCUCCUCUGGACUUCUCAACUGUUCAGCACAAGUGUUCGGCAUUAUAUUUACCAUCUGCCAGGGGAAGAUCAUCGACAGGUUUAGCACGCUGGCAGGAAACAUCUUCCUCUGCGUCUUUCUUUUAAUCGGCACAAUAAUGACAGGCUUAAUCAAGUCUGAUCUGCGGAGACAAAAUGCAAACAUGUUGGCCAAAGCAGCAGCGGAGGGGCAGAUCCCGGGACAAGACUACGGAGCCACAGCGCUAAUCUCCCAGCAACAGACUAUUCCUGCUCAAGCCUGAUCAAUAAACCUUUGUGCUUCCACAAAAAAAAAAUCUCCUCAAAUCUUAGCUCAACGUACAGACGCAUGAAGGGACCUUCCGACUGCCAUGAUGGGAGCCCGGCUUCACCUUCUAUCAUCAAAGAAGCCCAGUUUUAGACACACUAACAUAAAAGCCUCAAAAAUGACAAUGAUCUCCUUCCUGUUUCAGUGUAACAUACUGAGAUAGAGCAACACAAUCAGAAAGCCUUUAGACUCACUUCCCUUCUAAGAAGAGUUAGAUGUAUUAAUAUAUAAAUUAUUUAUUUUUAAGAAAAAAACUAAAACGUUCAACUAAAUCUAAUAUUUGAUGCACAAUUUUGAGCAUAAGCAUGAACUGUUCAGAAAUAUUUUUUAUAUUGAACUGUAAAUUAAAUAUUUUCACUAAAUCUGCAAAAAGACAAAUCUGUGAAAUGUUUGUUUGGGACAAUUUUACCUGUCAGUAUUUUAGACAUGUACAGUUGAUCAUACGUACAAUAUAGAUGCACGUGCCACAGUGAAUUGACACUAAUUUUGUCAUUACAUGAUCUGUUGAUCUUAACGUGGUCACCACAUUACCCACAUUUUUAAGUGUGAUUUUUAUCGAAAAUCUCUUGACACAUGAGUAAUUUAUACAGCAGCAAAUUAAAGGCUUUUUAAUCCAUGUCAGUCCACAGUAAGGGAUAAAAUAAUGAUGAUAUGUUGUGUAAUAUUUGUAACACCAUUCAUGUUUACUUAUUUAACAUGAAAUAAAACUGUUUUUUAAAGUU